CUGAAUGGGAGUAUGUGCCACGCUAUUAUACAUCGGCUACCGCUUAUCGUUCCCAUUUCCCAACAUCCGUCUUAUUCUUUCCUUCUCCCUCUCGGCCUCUCCGUCUCUUUUUCCUUCUCCACGAGUGCACCAUCACCUCCCAUCGACAUUUUCUCUCUGUUUUCUCGACCUAGGGUUCCAUCAUUCACCACAAUCUGAGCCCUAAAUUUCUAUCCUCUCUCAUCUUCGGACAAAGUAGAGUUCUAUGGAUUCAUUACAAUCUACCAUAACCAAAACAACUCUGUUUGCUCCAAUAAGUACAUUCAAGUUUCUUCUAUCUCUACUUCACACUCAGGUUAGAAGACACUGGUUGAGCUUAGUAAUCGUCUCCUUUCGGUUUGAAGACCGCCCUGUUUCAUAGAGAGGACAAUUGGUCGUAAUUCUCUAUGCCCACCGCUUUGUCUCAAAGAAGACGCCUGAUGCAUGCAAAUCUUGAACACUCUGAAGGUUCCCUUUUUCUCCAAAUCUAUUCAAUAAAACCAUCGAGGUUGAAGAUUAGUAGGCCUGGAUCAUCAAUCUCAUACUCAUUAACAAUAUUUGUCUAUAUUAAGGUCCAAACUGAAGGAUCACAUGCAGUAUUGUGUAGAUCAUCCUCAAGAAACCAACAAGGUUUCAAAGGUCAAAGCCCACCGUAGUCAAAGGUGUGAUUUGGAGAACACUGAAAAGGUAAAAUCAUUUUGGGUGUUUAUAUUAAAUAGUCAAACAAAUACUUCUACAAGUAUCUUAUACGAGGUUGUUAUGAUAUUGUAAUUGACGGUCAUUUGGAAAGUUGACAAGUUGGUGUUUGUUUUCAUUUAUACCGCAAU